GGGGUGGAGCCUGGGAGCCUCAGAAGGGUGUGCCUACGUCAUCACCCCGCGCCGGAAGUGGAAUCCGUCCCUGCUCCCUGUUUACAUGCCGUCCUGGUGAGCAGAACCUAACAUGCCAGCUGGUAAAAACUUCCGCAGACGCCAAGCCUCCAGCUCGGAUGAAGAGGAGGAAGAUGCAGGGGUGGUCGAUGCGGUUAGAAGGAAACUUGAAGAAGCUAAGGAAGUGCAGAGUCUAAGAAAGCGACCAAAUGGUGUAAGUGCUGUAGCUCUGUUGGUUGGAGAAAAAUUGCCGGAAGACGCUGGACUGGAGGAUGAUCCUUUCAAGAUCAAAACGGGAGGGAUGGUGGAUAUGAAAAAGCUGAAGGACCGUGGGAAGGAUAGACUUGGAGAAGAUGAAGAUCUGAACUUGGGAACCUCUUUCUCUGCAGAAACCAACAGGAGGGAUGAAGAUGCUGAUAUGAUGAAGUACAUUGAAACGGAGCUGAAAAAAAGAAAAGGAAUCAUUGAGAAUGAAGAGAAGAAGGUGAAACCAAAGAGUGCAGAAGAUUGCUUGUACGAGCUCCCAGACAGCAUCAAAGUGUCUUCCGCCAAGAAGACCGAGGAGAUGUUGUCCAACCAGAUGCUGAGCGGGAUCCCGGAGGUGGACCUGGGUAUAGACGCAAAAAUAAAAAACAUCAUCUCCACAGAGGAAGCCAAGGCUCGCUUACUGGCAGAACAGCAGAAUAAGAAGAAGGACAAGCAGACAUCCUUCGUGCCCACCAAUAUGGCCGUCAACUAUGUACAGCACAAUCGAUUCUACCAAGAAGACCUGAACACCCCUAUGAGACGUCACAAGGAAGAGCCGAAAGCACGUCCCCUCCGUGUAGGUGAUACUGAGAAGCCAGAGCCUGAGACUUCAGAGUCUCCCCCCAACCGCAAGCGUCCAUCCAACGAGAAGGCAACAGAUGACUAUCAUUACGAGAAGUUUAAGAAAAUGAAUAGACGUUACUAACACUGCCGCCCAGUCAUCUACAGCACAGUGUAAGGAGACACAAAACAUGGAUGCCAGACACAAAACAUGGAUGCCAGAAAC